AGGAGGAGGAGGAGGAGGAGGAGGAGGAGCGGGGCCGGGGCGGUGGCUGCGGCCCGGCUCAGCCCCGGUUCCCCCCCGGUUCUCCGCGCCCGGCCCCGCUCCUCCGGGGCCGCGCUGCCGCCGAGGGGCGAGCGGGGCCGGCGCGACGCCAUGCCGUGGCGGGCGCUGCUCCUCUCCUUCCUCCUCCUUCUCCUCAUUCUCCUCCUCCUCGGCCCGGCCCGGGCUUCGGGUGAAGACUCUUCUCCACGUUUACCAGCACCCAAGGAUGUAAAGGUUUAUUCCUAUAACUUCCAUAACACACUGAGGUGGUCUCCUGUUAAAGUAGAGAGAGGCGUGGUGUUAUAUACAGUCCAUUUUAAAACAGGGGCCUUUAACCAGUGGGAUGAGAUGAACUGCACCCGCAUCGCCCGGACUGAGUGCAGUUUCCCCCUGUCACUGAAUGAGCGUCUCUGGACGUUUAUUUUGCGUGUGAGGUCUGAGCUGGGGCAAAUGACUUCUGACUGGGUGGAAACGGAUCCAUUUGUGGCAGAGAGAGACACUACCAUAGGGCCCCCUAAAGUGAACAGCGUGAUCGUAAGCUCUGACUCACUGCUCAUUAGCGUCUCACCCCCUUUUGAAUCCAAAGAAGGUACUGUCCAGUAUAAAGUGUCCUACUGGGAGAAUGCAACGACUGCUACUAAAGAAGAGAUGUGGGUGAACAAUGCACUGUUCAAAAUCGAAAAUCUAAAGCAAAUGACACUUUAUUGUUUUACGAUUGAAAUAGAACUGGUGAAGUAUUUACAUGAGCAGAUCCCUGGACUGCAGAGAAUCCCGGAGUGUUACAGAACUCCAAUGAAUGAGACGACCAGAGUUGUGUAUAUUAUAACAACAUUUACGUUGGUUGGCCUUGUUUUAAUUCUCAUGAUAAUCGGUUUGUUUUUUCUAUCGAGACACCACAAAACAAUCAAGUAUUUGUGUCAGCCACCUUUAAAAAUCCCGUCACACAUUGAAGAGUAUUUGAGAGACCCUAGCAUGCCUCAUUUAGAAGCGUUGGAGAACCACCCCGAGGAAGCUCUGCCCGAUUCUUAUUCUGUUUUGUAUUUUGAAGAAGGAAGCAAAGCGUAUGGUGACACUUUGGCUGAAGACACUCGUUCACACAGCAGCUCCGGUGAAAGUGAAGUAACUUAAGCGGUACCGCAGCGAGAACGCCUGUUCCCAGUUGCUGCAGAGGCUCCUGCUUGCGAGGGGCGCUGUGCAGCUCCGUGCAGGACAGACAAGGAGCCCUGAACACAUGGCCAUGGGCAAAGACUUUUGCUUCCUGAGAAUAAGGAACCUGAGCCUUUUUAAAAAUGUUUCCUGCUGUGCUACAACAUUCUGUCUGCCAAAGAGACUGAAAAGGUGGAAGUUGAAGGGAAGUGAACACUAAAUUGCUUUCAGACAGACGGUUAUGGUUGUAUCAUCAUUUCUCCCCCCCCUUGAAGCAAAGUACUGAGAAAUAAUGGCACUUUAGGGUAGGCCCUACUCUAACCUGGAACGUGUUAGGGAGAGAGUAAUUGCACCAUGAAUUACUUCUACUGGGGUUUUUGUCUUGUUCUUAUUUGUGAAGUCUGUGUUGCUACUUAAAGUGUAUUGUAUCCACCCCCCCAUGCUUUCCUGAGUCAUUCUAAAUACAGGAAGUCUGCUGUGACUGCUGCUUCCCUCCAGGCAGAAAGGGCAGGCUAAAAGGAACCUUGACUGUACUUUACCAUCUUUAUCGCCAACCUGGGCAAAGAACUGCUACAACAAAGACAAGGGAUGAUAGUUCACUCCUCGCCCUUGGAUCUGUGCCGUAAUGUUUCUGGGAAGCAUUAAUCAGUUCCUGCUGUGAGCCGAUCACACCCUUCACAGGGAAACAAGCUUUAAAAUAUGCAUUUCUCAGCAUCUAUUAAAAAAAAAAAAGCAUCAAUAAUGAUUAGACACUAAAAACUACUUUGUUGAUGAGCAGGCUAGUCCUGUGUAUCACAGGGUGACUGAGGGUUCUGUUUUGAGGCCCUCAAAGCAGAAACAGGACCACAACUUAAGCCAUACAUAACAAUCCUGCAGGGGUUUAGGAGGUGUCUAAUAAGGGUCAGAGACAAAAUUACCUACUUCUAUACUAAAAAAAAGAUUGGUUUUAUCCCACAAAAGACAUCCAUCUUCUUGAUACAACUUGUUUUUAGAAAAAUGAAAUAAAAUAAAUUUGCUUGGUUGGUUA